GCUUUGUUGAUUGUGGCACUGGUUAUUGUCAUUGCACCAAAACUAAUUUUCUUCUUACCAAAGAGGAUAAAAAUGAAGCCAUAGAAAUUAUUAAUCAAGGAUUAGAAAAAAGACAAGCGGAGGACAAAAGUAAAGAAGUUGUGACCGAAAAAGAUUUGCCACUAAUUUUACCUUCUUUACAAGAUUUUGCCCCUAAUCCUAAUCAUUAUUCUCCUUUACAAAAAGCCCCUGA